AUGGUAAUUGAAAAUAUUCAUAUGUAUGCAAAAAUUGAUGCUUUAAUAAAAUUGUUCCUCGAGAAAGGCUUCCUCAGCUUUGAGCACAUAACCCCUCAGGUUAAUUUAAAAAAGACGACAAAAUAUAUUUUGGAUGGAAAAAUUGUAAAAAUACGACAUAAUUAUUACUAUAUUCAGAGAAAAAUUAGGAAAAUUCGUAUUUUGGUUAAAAUAAAGUCAAAAUUGAUCAUCUAUGUUUCGGAUUCCCAACAAUUUCGAAAGAAGCUGAAGGAAAUCGAAAAUUUUUCAUUUAUAGAGCCGCGCCUUUUCAUCAUCACUUUUGAUAAUCUGUUUAUUUAUAACAAUAAAACAUCACAAAUACUAUAG